UCCUAGCAGAGAAGAGCGAGAGCAGUCAGUCAGAUUGGUGUUCUUGAAGGAAGCAGAGAGAGAGAGAUGCCUAACAUGGGAGUAGGAGUUGAUGUCGUCUGGCUGGGGUCGCGGUGGCCCAACAGCAUCGGGGUGGCCAUUGACAUGAGCGGCCCCUUGCUGAACCGCGCAGUCCACGGCUUCCUCAAAGUCGGCGCCGUUGCCGCUUGCAAGGUGGCCGCCGAGGACGCAUUCGAGUGGCUCAGCUCAGGGGCUGAUUCAAAGCACAAGCACGCGCUGAAGAGAAUGUGCAAUGAGGGUGCAUAUUGGGGUGCUGUUGCUGGAGUUUAUGAGGCCACGGCGCACGGAGUGGAACAGAUCCGAGGUCGCAGUGACUGGAAGAAUGCGCUGAUCGGAGGCGCCUUAACCGGAGCUCUCAUCUCUGCUGCCACUGCCACUGCCGGCAGCAGCAACGACAAGCAGAGAGGCAAGGUGAUCAAGGAUGCCAUCGCCGGCGGAGCCGUUGCAACGGCUGUUGAGUUCAUCAACCGCCGCAGUCGCGUCGAUUUGGUCCCCAUUACAUCUGGCGAUGCCAAUGAAAUUGCCACCACCUGGGAACGCCAAGACGCCACUGAUGCGGGCCGAGGAACUCGGCAAGCGAGCAAGGAUUCAGAUCCAGUAGCCUUUGAAUGGGACAGGCCGGCCCGGCCUGUUUUAGGAAAAGGUGUUCUUCCUUCUUCAUCAGAAGAAGAAAAAGGAGGAGAAGGAAAACGGGGGGAAGAAGAUUCCUAGAGAAGAGUGCUCGGCCGCACAGCUUGUUGUAUUGUAUCCAAUAAAAUUAUUGUAUGCGGUAACACGUAUACUGA